AUGGGGCUGGGGAACCACACGAUGGUGACUCAUUUCAUCCUCCGAGGGAUCCCCAACACCGAAGGUCUUGAGAACAUCCUCUUCUUCACCUUCUUAGCCUUCUACCUCUGCACCCUGCUGGGCAACCUGCUCAUCCUGUCAGCCAUCCUCGCCGACCCCCGCCUGCACACCCCCAUGUACUUCUUCCUCUGCAACCUCGCCGUCGUGGACCUUGGAUUCUCAUCCAUCAGCACCCCGAAAUAUUUAGCCAACCUCUGGGGUCACAGCAGGGUCAUCUCACUGGGCGGGUGCAUGGCCCAGGUCUUCUUCUGGCACUUCCUGGGCAACACCGAGAGCCUGCUCUACACGGUCAUGGCCUUUGACAGAUAUGUGGCCAUCUGCCACCCGCUGCGCUACCUGCUCAUCAUCUGGAUCCCCAGCUCCUUCCACGCCACCAUCCUCACCAGCCUGACCUUCACGCUGCCCUACUGCGGGUCCAACGUAGUUGACUAUUUCUUUUGCGACCUUUUCCCCGUGGCCAAGCUGGCCUGCGCAGAUGCAUAUGUCCUUGAGACCGUGACCUUCACCAACACUGGCAUGGUGCCCACAACCUGCUUCCUCCUCAUCCUCGCCUCCUACGUCAGGAUCGUUUAUUGCAUCCUGAAGAUGAACGCGGGCGAAGGGCGGCGCAAAGCGGCCUCCACUUGCGCAUCCCAUCUCACAGUGGUGAUGCUGUUCUUCGGACCCUGCACCCUGGUCUACACCCAGCCCCAGCUGAGCAAAGUGCUGGUGACCCCUGUGCAGAUCUUCAGCAAUGUGGUUGCACCCAUGCUGAACCCGCUCAUCUACACGCUACGCAACAAGGAGGUGAAGGUGGCUCUGAGAAAACUGGGAGAGGGUCUGACGACGAGACGUUGA